AAAGCAUCCACCAACGGUUUUCCCAAUAUCUCUAUCUCUCUCAUCAUCCACUGCAAUCCCAUUAUCAAUUCCACACUUCAUCACUCCUUUACUGUUUGAUUAACUGAUUGAAGAAUUCAAUUGAAUUCCUCCCAAACAAAAUCCCCAAAUGUCUGCUCACCAACACCAGCCCCUUCUCGAAUCCCUAGACGACCAAGAAGAGCGAGCCUACGACUCCAAUGAGAAAGUCCACAUCACCAGCUACGACGACGGCGACGAUUACUCCACCUCACCCCCGCCAUUCUCGUGGCGGAAGCUCUGGCUCUUCACUGGCCCCGGAUUCCUCAUGAGCAUAGCCUUCCUCGAUCCAGGCAACCUCGAGGGGGAUCUCCAGUCCGGCGCCAUCGCCGGCUACUCCCUUCUCUGGCUGCUCCUCUGGGCCACCGCCAUGGGCCUUCUGGUCCAGCUCCUCGCGGCUCGCCUCGGCGUCGUCACCGGAAGACACCUGGCCGAGCUCUGCCGCGAGGAGUAUCCUAAUUGGGCGAGGCUGCUGCUGUGGAUCAUGGCUGAGCUGGCCCUCAUUGGCGCUGACAUCCAGGAGGUUAUUGGCAGCGCUAUUGCCAUUAAGAUUCUCAGCCAGGGUGUUCUUCCGCUUUGGGCGGGUGUCAUUAUAACCGCUCUUGAUUGCUUCAUCUUCCUGUUUCUGGAGAAUUAUGGUGUGAGAAAAUUGGAAGCGCUUUUCGCUGUGCUUAUAGCGACAAUGGCAAUCUCCUUUGCUUGGAUGUUUGGCGAGACGAAACCUGAUGGCCGUGAGCUUAUGAUUGGUAUCUUGGUUCCAAAGCUGAGUUCGAGUACCAUAAAGCAGGCGGUAGGAGUGGUGGGCUGCGUAAUAAUGCCUCACAAUGUUUUCUUGCACUCUGCCCUUGUGCAGUCUAGAGAAGUAGACAAUCGCAAGAUAGGCAGAGUGCGGGAAGCUCUCAAGUACUACUCGAUUGAAUCUGGCAUUGCCCUGGUCAUCUCGUUCAUGAUAAAUUUAUUUGUUACAACAGUUUUUGCCAAGGUAUUUUAUGGCACAGAACAAGCAAAUACUAUCGGACUUGUGAAUGCAGGGCAGUAUCUUGAAGAGAGGUAUGGUGGAGGGUUGGUCCCCAUUUUGUACAUAUGGGCUAUUGGGUUGCUUGCUGCCGGGCAGAGCAGCACCAUAACCGGGACAUAUGCUGGGCAGUUCAUUAUGGGGGGAUUUCUGAAUUUGCGGUUGAAGAAAUGGAUGAGGGCACUGAUAACACGAAGCUGUGCCAUCAUCCCUACUUUGAUUGUGGCACUUGUAUUUGACACAUCAGAUGCCUCGUUGGACAUUCUAAACGAAUGGCUUAAUGUGCUGCAGUCAGUUCAGAUACCUUUUGCUCUUAUUCCUCUCCUCUGCCUAGUGUCAAAGGAGGAAGUCAUGGGGUAUUUCAAAAUCGGGACUCUUCUUCAGACUGUAUCGUGGAUGGUCGCAGCUCUGGUAAUCUUGAUAAAUGGGUAUCUUCUGGUGGACUUUUUCUCUUCUGAAUUGAGUGGUGUAUUCUUCAUGAGUAUAGUUACGACCUUCUCGGCUGCAUAUGUUUGCUUCAUUGUGUAUCUUGUGACAAGGAGCGUAAGCUUUUCCAGUUUGUGUGCAAAAGCCAAGACAAUUUUGGGUUCAUAAUCCAUCAUUUAUCAGCCAUUCAUAUCAUAUGUUACAGCAGAAUGAUUAAUCGAGCAGUAUAUGCCUGCAAAACAACAAUAUCCAUGGUGCCAGAGCCAAAGCCUUUGAUCUGAAGUCCUGCUACUCUCUGUGAAAAGAAAGCAACUGGUAGAGAAGAGGUAUUGAAUUAGCUUCUUUACUCUAGUUGAUAUCAUCGCUUCUGUUCAAAAGCCCUGUAUGUAUUGGUAGGUUAGUGCUAAUUAUCCAUCAGUAUUGAUUGCUGAUAUAUCAGCUUCUUUUCCACUGGUAUAAUUUGUCAACUUCAGCCAUAAUCUUUCAAAGUGUUGUUAGUCCACUUUCA